CGUCUACGUUAAUUCAUAGUGUGUGUGCGCCUCAGUUCGUUUGUGUCUGUGUACGUGUAGUUGUGUGUGGCUACACACACCGUUUACGGUCCGCGGUACUCACACCCCCGCAAACCAGUUUUGCUUGUGGUGGUUGGUUCUGUCGGUAAGCGCGCUUUGUGUGUGUGUUUGUGAAAAUAAAGUUAAAUAAAAUGCAAAAGCAAAAGCAAUAAAUAAAAAUAAUACAAAUCUAAAAGCAGAGCACAGCGCCAAAAAAAGGCAGCAGCGUCUGCUGUUGUUGCAGGUUAUCAGCUUUUUUUGUGCAGAGUCGCCACAGCAGUGGAUUAGUGGCACCCUGUUAUCAAAAUUUGCUCACAAUCAAAAGUGAUUUGUGCUUAAAAAAUAACUAAAUCGAAUCUAAUCAAACCACAACUCGCCUAAACGCAGCUGAGUCACCGGUUUAACUCCUAACCUCACCAACCAUCGCGGUCGCGUGUGUGCCUAUAAAGGGUGUUUAUUUGUUCGUAUAAAAAUCGAUACAGUCAGCGGCCAACCCCGAGAGGAAUACUAAAAGAAAACAGAAGAAUACCGAACAGCCUACAAAAUGGUCAAAAUGAUACCCAACGAAGGCCUUAAAUGGCUAACACUGUGCGCAGCUGUUGCUCUUCUUGCCACCAGCACCUUGGCUGCCAAUCCACCGGAUGCUGACCAGAAAGGACCCGUCUUCCUAAAGGAACCCACCAAUCGCAUUGACUUCUCAAACUCUACCGGCGCCGAAAUUGAAUGUAAAUCUAGUGGUAAUCCUAUGCCUGAAAUCAUCUGGGUACGAAGUGAUGGCACCGCUGUGGGAGAUGUGCCCGGCCUACGUCAGAUCUCAUCGGAUGGCAAGCUCGUCUUUCCACCCUUCCGCGCCGAGGACUAUCGCCAGGAGGUGCAUGCCCAGGUCUAUGCCUGUUUGGCUCGCAACCAGUUUGGCUCGAUCAUAUCGCGAGAUGUUCAUGUGCGAGCAGUUGUCUCACAGUUCUACAUAACCGAGGCCGAGAAUGAAUAUGUUAUUAAGGGCAACGCGGCAGUGGUCAAAUGUAAGAUACCUUCGUUUGUAGCCGACUUUGUGCAAAUCGAGGCCUGGGUGGACGAUCAGGGGGUCGAAUUGUGGCGUGAGAAUUCAACGAGCGCCUAUGACGGCAAAUAUCUUGUUCUGCCAUCCGGCGAGCUACAUAUCCGUGAAGUUGGACCCGAAGAUGGCUACAAGAGUUACCAGUGCCGCACCAAGCAUCGUUUGACUGGAGAGACCCGUCUGAGUGCCACUAAAGGACGUCUGGUCAUCACAGAGCCCGUAGGCAGCGUGCGUCCGAAAGUCAACCCCCAAGACAAGCAUCAGUUUAUAGACGUGGAGCUUAACAACAGUUACUCCCUGCUCUGUUUGGCACAAUCCUAUCCAACGCCCGCAUUCAGAUGGUACAAAUUCAUUGAGGGAACCACCCGUAAACAGGCUGUUGUAUUGAAUGAUCGCGUCAAGCAGGUUUCUGGCACACUUAUUAUCAAGGAUGCUGUUGUCGAAGAUUCUGGCAAAUAUCUGUGUGUUGUCAACAACUCGGUGGGUGGCGAAAGCGUUGAAACUGUCCUGACUGUAACUGCACCACUGUCCGCUAAAAUCGAUCCACCCACGCAAACCAUUGACUUUGGACGUCCCGCUGUGUUCACCUGUCAGUAUACCGGCAAUCCUAUCAAGACCGUCAGCUGGAUGAAGGACGGCAAGGCAAUGGGACACAGUGAGCCUGUGCUGCGCAUCGAGUCGGUGAAAAAAGAGGACAAGGGCAUGUAUCAGUGUUUCGUUCGCAACGAUCAGGAAUCCGCAGAGGCAAGCGCUGAGCUGAAACUGGGCGGUCGUUUCGAUCCACCCGUCAUCCGACAGGCCUUCCAAGAGGAGACCAUGGAGCCCGGUCCAAGCGUAUUCCUUAAGUGUGUCGCUGGAGGCAAUCCCACACCCGAAAUCUCCUGGGAAUUGGACGGCAAGAAGAUUGCCAACAACGACAGAUAUCAAGUGGGACAAUAUGUAACAGUCAAUGGCGAUGUGGUUUCCUACUUGAACAUUACCUCCGUGCAUGCUAACGAUGGUGGCCUCUACAAGUGCAUUGCCAAGAGCAAAGUGGGAGUGGCCGAGCACUCUGCCAAACUGAAUGUCUACGGUCUGCCCUACAUCCGUCAAAUGGAAAAGAAAGCAAUUGUCGCCGGUGAGACAUUGAUAGUCACAUGCCCCGUAGCUGGAUACCCCAUUGAUUCCAUUGUCUGGGAGCGUGAUAAUCGUCCACUGCCCAUCAAUCGCAAGCAGAAGGUCUUCCCCAAUGGCACACUCAUCAUUGAGAAUGUGGAACGCAAUUCGGAUCAGGCAACCUACACGUGUGUGGCCAAGAAUCAGGAGGGUUAUUCGGCACGCGGAUCCCUGGAAGUGCAAGUCAUGGUACUGCCACAGAUAGUGCCCUUUGCGUAUGAGGAUGUCAUCAACACGGGCGACUCCAUUGACCUGUUCUGUCAAAUCCAAAGGGGAGAUCGUCCCAUACGGGUGCACUGGAGCUUCGAGCGCAGUGCCAGCGACAGCGAUAUCAGCCUUGACCAGCUGCAGCCGCAGAUGCGCACCAAUCGCAUCAGCAGCAAGACGAGCAUGUUGUCCAUUCCCAGUGCGAGUCCCGCUCAUACGGGCACCUACACCUGCAUCGCCAGCAAUGCGGCUGGAACGACUAGCUACGGUGUCAACCUGACUGUGAAUGUGCCACCCAGAUGGAUACUCGAGCCAACAGACAAAGCCUUCGCCCAGGGUUCCGAUGCCAAGGUUGAAUGCAAAGCCGAUGGUUUCCCCAAACCCCAAGUGACCUGGAAGAAAGCAGUUGGCGACACACCCGGCGAGUACAAGGAUUUAAAGAAGAGCGACAACAUUCGCGUCGAGGAGGGAACUUUGCACAUUGACAACAUUCAAAAGACCAAUGAGGGCUAUUAUCUAUGUGAGGCUAUUAAUGGUAUUGGUUCAGGUCUCUCUGCUGUGAUCAUGGUCAGUGUUCAGGCUCCACCAGAGUUUACCGAGAAGUUGCGUAAUCAGACCGCUCGUCGAGGUGAACCCGCUGUGCUGCAGUGCGAGGCGAAGGGUGAGAAACCCAUUGGCAUUUUGUGGAACAUGAACAACAUGCGACUGGACCCCAAGAACGACAAUCGCUAUACAAUUCGUGAGGAAAUCCUCUCUGCCGGCGUCAUGUCUAGUCUCUCGAUCAAACGUACCGAACGCUCCGACUCCGCGCUCUUCACCUGUGUGGCGACCAAUGCCUUUGGCUCCGAUGAUGCCAGCAUCAAUAUGAUUGUGCAGGAAGUGCCUGAAAUGCCCUAUGCUCUCAAAGUUCUCGACAAGUCUGGUCGCUCCGUGCAGCUGAGCUGGGCACCACCCUACGACGGCAACUCUCCACUGAUUCGCUACAUUAUUGAGUUCAAGCGCUCCCGAGCAUCCUGGGAUGAGAUUGAUCGCGUUAUGGUUCCUGGUCUCACCACCGAGGCCCAAGUACAGAAAUUGAGCCCAGCCACCACCUAUAACAUUCGUAUCGUCGCUGAGAAUGAGAUUGGCUCCUCGCAAUCUUCGGAAGCCGUAACCAUUAUCACUGCUGAAGAGGCACCUUCUGGCAAACCUCAGACCAUUAAAGUGGAUCCAGUGAAUCAGACAACUCUUCGCGUUACCUGGAAGCCACCAGCACGCUCUGACUGGAAUGGUGAAAUCCUGGGUUAUUAUGUCGGCUACAAGCUAUCGAACACCAACUCUUCGUAUAUCUUUGAGACCAUCAACUUUAUCACCGAGGAGGGCAAGGAACAUAAUUUGGAACUGAACAAUCUGCGUGUCUACACUCAAUACUCAGUGGUUAUUCAGGCCUUCAACAAGAUUGGCGCCGGUCCUCUGAGCGAUGAGGAGAAACAGUUCACAGCCGAAGGAACACCUAGCCAACCACCCAGCGAUACCGCCUGCACCACCCUCACCUCGCAAACCAUUCGUGUCAGCUGGGUCAGCCCACCCCUCGAGUCGGCCAACGGCGUGAUCAAGACCUACAAGGUUGUGUACGCUUCCAGCGAUGAGUGGUAUGAUGAGACCAAACGUCAUUACAAAAAGACGGCCUCCUCCGAUACCGUGCUCCAUGGACUCAAGAAGUACACCAACUACACCAUGCAAGUGCUGGCCACAACAGCUGGAGGCGAUGGAGUUCGCAGCGUGCCAAUUCACUGCCAAACCGAACCUGAUGUUCCUGAAGCACCCACCGAUGUGAAGGCUCUGGUUAUGGGCAACGCAGCUAUCUUGGUGUCCUGGAGACCACCAGCACAGCCCAAUGGCAUCAUUACCCAAUACACUGUCUACUCGAAGGCUGAAGGAGCUGAGACUGAAACGAAGACCCAAAAAGUGCCACACUAUCAAAUGAGUUUCGAGGCCACCGAACUGGAGAAGAACAAACCGUACGAAUUCUGGGUUACUGGCAGCACCACCAUUGGUGAGGGUCAGCAGUCCAAGAGCAUUGUGGCCAUGCCCAGCGAUCAGGUGCCCGCCAAGAUUGCCUCAUUCGACGACACAUUCACUGCCACCUUCAAGGAGGAUGCCAAAAUGCCAUGUUUAGCUGUCGGAGCACCUCAACCGGAGAUCACCUGGAAGAUUAAGGGCGUUGACUUCAGUGCCAACGAUCGUAUGCGCCUCCUGCCCGAUGGCUCGCUAUUGAUUAAGUCUGUGAAUCGUUUGGAUGCUGGCGACUAUUCAUGCCAUGCCGAGAACUCCAUUGCAAAGGAUUCAAUUACACAUAAGCUGAUCGUCUUGGCACCACCCCAAUCACCACACGUUACGCUCUCGGCCACCACCACAGAUACGCUGACGGUGCGUUUGAAGCCUCAUGAAGGUGACACUGCACCACUGCACGGCUACACUCUACAUUAUAAGCCAGAGUUCGGAGAGUGGGAAACAGCUGAAGUCUCCGUGGAAUCACAGAAGCACAACAUUGAGAGUCUACUAUGCGGAUCACGUUAUCAGGUUUAUGCCACAGGUUUCAACAACAUUGGCGCUGGAGAAGCAUCAGAUAUUUUAAAUACACGCACCAAGGGCCAAAAGCCCAAACUGCCAGAGAAACCUCGUUUUAUUGAAGUCUCAUCCAACUCGGUUUCAUUGCAUUUCAAGGCCUGGAAAGAUGGAGGUUGCCCCAUGUCCCACUUUGUCGUCGAGAGCAAGAAACGUGAUCAACUUGAAUGGAAUCAAAUAUCGAAUAAUGUCAAGCCCGAUAAUAACUAUGUGGUUCUCGAUUUGGAACCCGCUACCUGGUACAAUCUACGUAUUACUGCCCACAAUUCUGCAGGAUUCACCGUUGCCGAAUAUGAUUUCGCUACACUCACCGUUACCGGAGGCACAAUUGCACCCCUCGACGAUGGCACGGGUCAUACAAAUGUCCAUGCGCGAAUUCCCCUGCCUGCCUGGAUGCCCGAGUGGCUGGAUCUGAACUUUAUGGUGCCACUGAUAGCCACCGUUGUUGUGGUUGCUGUGGGUAUCUGUGUGGUGUGUGUGGCGCUCUCUCGCAGGCGCUCGGACGAUAUGCGAGGCGGUCAAAAGGAUGUCUACUACGAUGUAGUUUACAAUCAGACAAUGGGACCCGGCGCCACCCUGGACAAACGUCGCCCGGAUCUGCGUGACGAGCUUGGAUAUAUUGCCCCACCGAACCGGAAGUUGCCACCUGUUCCAGGAUCCAACUACAACACCUGCGACCGGAUUAAGCGAGGCCGCGGUGGCUUGCGCUCGAACCACUCCACUUGGGAUCCGCGCCGUAACCCGAAUCUGUACGAGGAACUCAAAGCUCCACCAGUUCCAAUGCACGGCAUUGGCAAUCACUAUGGUCAUGCCCAUGGCAAUGUUGAAUGCCAAUAUAGACAUCCAGGCAUGGAAGAUGAGAUCUGCCCCUAUGCUACGUUCCAUCUGCUUGGCUUCCGCGAGGAAAUGGAUCCCACCAAGGCAAUGAACUUCCAGACCUUCCCACACCAGAAUGGACACACCCCAGUUCCCGGACAUGCCGGCACUAUGCUGCCUCCUGGUCAUCCUGGACACGUACACUCCCGCUCCGGAUCCCAAUCGAUGCCACGUGCCAAUCGCUACCAACGCAAGAAUAGUCAGGGUGGUCAGUCUUCGAUCUAUACACCAGCACCCGAAUAUGAUGAUCCCGCCAACUGUGCCGAAGAAGAUCAAUACCGUCGCUACACUCGUGUCAACUCUCAGGGCGGCAGUUUGUACUCUGGCCCCGGACCCGAAUACGAUGACCCCGCCAACUGUGCACCAGAGGAGGAUCAGUAUGGCUCUCAGUAUGGCGGUCCCUAUGGACAACCCUACGAUCACUAUGGUUCUCGCGGUUCCAUGGGUCGUCGCAGCAUUGGUUCAGCACGCAAUCCUGGCAAUGGUUCACCUGAACCACCACCACCACCACCACGUAAUCAUGACAUGAGCAACUCCUCAUUCAACGACUCCAAGGAGAGCAACGAGAUCUCAGAGGCCGAAUGCGAUCGCGAUCAUGGACCACGUGGCAACUAUGGCGAAGACUCCAAUGAGGCUGUAAAAAGAUCACCACAACCGAAAGAUCAACGCACCACCGAAGAAAUGCGUAAAUUGAUUGAGAGUCGCAGGCAAUUAAACGAAGCCGGCCCAAAACAACUCCAACUCCAACAAACAAAUGGCGCAGGAUUCACAGCCUACGAUACUAUGGCAGUGUAAUUUGUAAGCGAAUUGCGGUGGGCGUGGCAUUUUAGCUUAGUGUUUCAAGUCAAUGAAGUGCGUGGGAGUUGAAUGACACACACACACACACCCUCACACACACACACAUGCAAACAUUAAACACAGUCACACACAGACACACAAAUGCAGAUGAAAACAUCACAAAGAAGUAAGAAACGCAUAUAGCGCAUACAUAAAUACAUAUAUACAAUUAUUAACUAUUUCAAGUAUUUAUAA